ACUUUUUCCAUCAAGAUGGUAAGAAGAAACAGUAGUUUUUGCAGUUUUUUAAUCUGUGGAAUCAUCUUUUGGAUGUUUGCGCAUGUAGAUGCCGGACGCUAUAAGCCAGCAAAUGAAGUCUUCAAUGUUUUAAGUUUUGGAGCUGUGGGUGAUGGCCAUAGAGAUGAUUCUCAGGCGUUCCUAAAGGCAUGGACCGCAGCAUGUCAAUCGCGGGAGGCGAAUCCAACAAUGAUCAUUCCAGGAGGAAGGACAUAUUUUCUAACUCCUUUGACAUUUAAAGGGCAUUGCAAGAGCGCGAAUAUUUUGGUCAAGGUUGAUGGGAACAUUGUUGCUCCAGAAUCUCCAGAUGCAUGGAACGGACUCGAUGCGCAUUUAUGGAUAUCAUUCACAGAAGUGAACGGACUUAUCGUAAGUGGUGGUGGUACCAUUGAUGGUCGCGGCAAGAGAUGGUGGGAUCAGUCGUGCCGAUACCAUCCUGGACCCGGAUGCACCAAAUUGGCGCCAAUGGUAUUGAGAUUUGUCAAAUGUAAUAACACACUUGUGAAGGACAUUCACGUGGUGAACAGUCCCCAAACUCAUGUACUUGUUAUGGGUGCCAACCUAUUCACUAUGCAAAACGUCAACAUUCACUCCCCCGCCGAUACUGCCAAUACCGACGGCGUUCACGUCCACAUAGCAGAGCAUGUCUUCAUCCACAAUUCAACCAUCGGCUCUGGUGAUGACUGCAUAUCCAUUGGAGAUCACAUUGAUGACAUUCACAUUGAUAACAUUAACUGCGGACCUGGUCAUGGUAUAAGCAUUGGAAGCUUGGGUAUAGACGGAGGAGAGGCAAAAGUGCAAAACAUCCGUGUUACGAAUUCCCGCUUCCGUGAAACUACCAACGGAAUACGGAUCAAGACAUAUCAAGGAGGGAAUGGAUAUGCCAAGGAUUUCCACUUUAAGAAUCUCAAUUUUGAUACUGUUUCCAACCCUAUAAUCAUCGAUCAAUAUUACUGCGCAGUGAGAGGUGCCUGCCCACCUCAGAAAACCGCUGUUCAAAUUAAGAAUGUGACGUACGAGCACUUCACAGGAACAUCAGCUACGCAAGCGGCAGUGGUUCUAAACUGCAGUCAAGCUGUUCCUUGCACAGAGCUAACAUUUAAUAGCAUACAAUUAACGCCUGCAAAACGGGGAGAAACUGUUAAGUCGGUUUGUAUCAACGCUCAUGGAGAAAAAGCCGGAUUGCUUCAGCCUAAUAUUCCAUGUCUGCUUAACUGAGAGAUAGCUACGAGGUGCAGAUUGCAGCACCUAGGAACAUAAUUGUUCGACUGAAAUACGAAAAUUUACUUAGUUGUAGGAAAUUUGAGUAAGCUGGCUCCCAGUAAUACUCUGCUUGAUCACGCCAGAGUUUAUUUUCAGGCUCCAUAUAAUAAGAUAGUCGAUCUAGAUAAUUGA